AUGGCUUUUAAUACUUUACCAGAAUAUUCUUUCAAUUCAAUUGUUCCAACCCGUGUAACUAAUUUGAAUGUAUGUCAUGGUGAUUUAGUUCAUUGUCCAGUUUGUGAUCAUAUUCUUUGGAAACCAGUGACAUGUACGUCAUGUGAAAAUUCAUUUUGUUUUCAAUGUAUUCAAAUAUGGUUAUUUGAACAACAAGAACAAAUUAUUGAAUGUCUCGAUAAUGAAGAUGAAAAUGAUUAUUUAGCAAAAUCUUUUUCAUUAACUCGAUGUCCAUUUAAUUGUUCGCCUUAUAUUCAACGAAAAUGCCCAUCAUUAUUAAUAUCAAUUUUAUCAAAAUUAACAAUUGAAUGUCGAAAUAAAAUUUAUGGUUGUGAAAAAAUUCUAUUUUAUGAACAAUUAGAAAAACAUGAAGAAGAAUGUUGUCAAUAUAAAAUUAUUCAUUGUUCUGGUUGUCAACAAGAUAUGUUUAAAGAACAUUUUGAUAAAGAACAACAUCUAUUAAAAUGUCCUAAUAUUAAAAUUAAAUGUACAAAAUGUCAAAGUUUAUUUCAACGAAAAGAUAAACAUAAUGAAUUUGAUUGUAUGGAAAAGAAAAUUGAUUUAUUAAAACAAGAAUUAAUUAUAUUUGAAGAAAAAUCUUCGAAAAUUUAUGAUAUUCAAAGAAAAAAAAUUGAAAUACUUGAUGAAAAAUUUAUGAUCAUUGAAGAUAUAUGUACAAUUGAUGAUAAUAAUGAUAUGUGUUCAACUUCAGUUUCAACGCAAUCAAUCGGAAAAUGGAAUAUUAUGAUUGGAGUAGAAAUUAUUAUUUUAUCUGUAUUUACUUUAUUAAUAUACAUUCGAAUUUUUUUUUAUUAA